CCCAGGACCGUGCGGCUUCGCUAUCGCGGCCCCUUCGACGAUCCACUGCGAUACAUCGAGGAUUCCAGGUCGAUGUCUCCCUCCCGUGAGCCCGUCUCCCCCAGGCGUUGCCGCUGGGAACCGCGCAGCCAGAGGCCACUCUUGCCUAGGGCCGCUCCUGCGCGUGCGUCGCUGGGCUCUGGCUGCGGGCCGCCAUGGCUGAUGACUCGAUCGGAUGGGAUGAGCCCAGCUGGCACGAUUGCCUCGACGGCACGGAGGAGGCCCUGGCGGAAGACGAGGGCGACGACGACCCCGAGCCCAUCCUGUGGGUCACGGCUAUGGACGACGACGACGACGACGAGCAGACUGAUGCCGUUGAUGUGCCCAUGCAGCCCGCAGACGAGACGGAGAGCCCCUCGAGGAGGAGUUUUUUGACGCCGUCGACGCGUGCACCGAGGAUGCCGAGGUCGUCAUCCUGGACGACAAUUGCCAGGCGUGCGCCCUGGUGCACACUGUGCCUCUCUCUUGCAGCCAGGGCGGUAGAGCAGGUGCAGCUUUGGUGCGGGAGGCGGCUCGAGGUGAUGGGUCGCCCCUGGCCCAAGGUGCCCACACUUCACGCGGCCCAGUGCUCCCCUGGGGCUCCAAAGGGGAGCGAAAAGCUGGGGACACCUCGGGGCACGG